UUAUAGCCGGUCUGCUUUAGCAGUUGCGCAUGUAGCAGUAGCUGACACUAGUCCGCCAGUGUUUUCCAACUACUGUCUAUUAUUGUGUUUAUACUUAAGUUACCAUAUUUGUACUCAACAUUUCGAAGACCAUAUUUGGAUAAUUCUGACUUAUGCAGGGUCGGUUUUCCUUAUGGUCUGACUUGGAGUUUGCUUACUAACAUGGAUGACAGUAAACAGUCCUCUCCCGAGGGAUCUGUAGACCCCUCUCUCGUGUCAGACGAUGGUAAAAAUGUGAAAUCAGUGUUGUGCCAGAGAUGUUCUUCCAAAGUGCUCUGCCCAGGCAUGGCAGUGUUUGCAGAAAAGGAGCUGUUUCUCCCUUCAAUGAGAAAGAAAACCUCCAUUGGUCAGUCAGACGGUACAUUGGAUGGGGACACAUUAACAGCUCACUGGCUGGUUGAUGACAUGUACACUUUUGAGAACGUGGGUUUCACAAAAGAUGUAGGCAAAGUGAAGUACCUUAUUUGUGCGGAUUGUGAGAUUGGACCCAUUGGUUGGCAUUGCCUGGAUGACAAGAAGAGCUUCUAUGUGGCAUUGGACAGGGUGAAUCACGAAUAGAGCACUUAUUGAAGUCACUGUUUGGAAAAAUCCUAUUGUAUUUGAUUAUGUAACUCGGAUAGCUUUCUUGUUUGGAAAAAAAACUACUAUAGGUCUUGUUUUUGCUCUCUUCACAGAGUUUAGAAAAAUUUAAUUGGUUUUUGUAGUUUUUAUUAUUAUUGUGACAUUUUCAUUCUCACCAAACUGUAUGGUAACAUGUACACCUGUCUAACAUCAUAGAUGAAUGGAGACAGUCCUUUUAAACAUUCCUUAACACAAGACCUUUCUAUUAUCUCUCUAUGAUUUUUCAGAACACAUGAAGUCACUUUUGUGUAUGAGGAGAUUUAGGAGGAGGUCAGUGCUUGUCAAAUUAACAAAAUUCAUGGUUGA